GCUAGCUGACACUGUCCCCCUGUGGCAAUGACCAAGUUAUUUCAGAACUCCCUGCUGCAGCAAAAAACACGCUAUCAGCUUUUGGCCACGGUUAUUGUAAACAUCAUAACCUUUGGCCAUGGCAUUGGUGUGGGAUGGCUCUCUCCCACGCUGACCAAAAUUCAAAGACCCGACUCACCGCUGGAAUUCACAGUUAAUCUCGCUGAAAUAUCCUGGCUGGGAUCGAUGUUGGGCUUGGGAAGCUUGUGCGGCAACCUGACCAUCGCGUUGUUAAUUGAGCGAGCUGGCAGGAAGUUCUGUCUGUAUCUGAUAGCAGUACCGUAUGCGUGCCUCUGGGUGUUGAUUUACUGCGCAUCGAACGUUUAUUUCCUGUAUGCAGCCCGAUUUUUAUGCGGAUUUACCGGAGGAGCGGGAUAUGUGGUCGUGCCAAUUUUUAUCAGCGAAGUUGCCGACAGCGGCAUUCGAGGCGCUCUCACUUCCAUGGUGAUGUUAUCCGUCGAUUUGGGAAUACUGGCUGGCUAUAUACUCAGCACCUAUCUGGCCUAUCACAUAGUGCCCUUCUUGGGCAUUAUCUUUCCCGUGUCCUAUUUUAUUGCCAAUCUUCUGCUGCCGGAAACAGCGCCGUAUCUGUUAAAGAGAAGCCAACUAAAUGCAGCUGAGAAUUCGUAUAGAUAUUACAGAAAUCAGCGGGAUGCGAGGUCCGAACAAUCAUCUAAGCAAGAUUUCGAGGAGCUUCGUACCGCAGUCCUGGCUCAGCAGAUGAAGAACUCUUCACCACUGAGUUACAAGGAUCUAAUUACCAAACCCGCCCUGAAAGGCUUUGCAGCCUCGUGUGUCCUCAACUUGGGAUACCAGUUCAGUGGGGUUUUCAGCUUCAUCAACUACAUGUCGGAUAUAUUCAAGGCAUCAGGUUCCAUAGUUGAUGUCAACACUGCCACAAUCAUCAUUGGAAUAGUGCAAAUCGUGGGAGUUUAUACCUCGACCAUAUUUGUGGACAUCGUGGGUCGACGUCUGCUGAUGUUGCUCUCAACUCUUGGUGUGGGAAUCGGAUGUAUUGCCUUUGGCUGCUUCACGUACUUUGCCCAGUUUCUCAAUCUCAGCGACUACAACUGGCUGCCCUUGGUGUUGAUGAUAUUCAUCUGCUAUGUGGCCAACAUUGGACUGAUCGGAAUCUUCUUCCUGGUGCUGGUGGAGCUCUUUCCAGUGAAGAUUCGUUCCCUGGCCACUUCUAUUUCUGUGAUAUUCUUAAGUCUUCUGGUCUUUGGAACUUUGAAGUUGUUCCCGCUCAUGUUGCACUACUGGGGAAUUUCCCUAACCAUGUGGUUUUCCGCCGGUUCAGCCCUGCUCACCUUCCUUUACUUUUGGCUGUUUUUGCAGGAAACCAAAGGGAAGUCAAUGAUUGAGGAUUAAGAAAAAUAGUCAAGGGGACUGCUGAAAAAAUGUAUAAAACAAAAUAAAUAAAUAAAUAUGUAUUUAGAAAUAAUGUAUAUUCGACAUUGAAUAAAAUAAAAAGGUUUCCAAAAGAGAAUGUCCUGAAAUUGAAA